AUGACAGCCCCUCAGUCUCAAGAGAUGACCCUUCACUUGGUCGGCUUGGGUGUCACCCACUCCAUCGCCUACAGCAUGCACAACCAUAUCGCCAAAUCUCUCGGCCUUCCUUGGACCUUCUACUCAACGGAGUGCUCUUCGAUUGAGGAACUCCUACAGCUCGCCAGGGCGCCGACUACAGCCGGUUUGGUCGUGACCAUGCCCUACAAAAACUCGGUGAUGAAACAUCUGGACGAGCUGGACGAGCUCGCAAGCAUGAUCGGUGCAUGCAACAAUGUCUACUACAAAGGACUCGACAAGCGAAAAGUCUGCGGUACCAACACGGAUUGGCGAGGAGUUAAAGGCUGUCUUCUAGAAAAAGGCAACGAGAACGAAAGACCCUCAGCGACAUCACCUGCCACCGCACUCAUCGUGGGAGCCGGAGGCGCAAGUCGCGCAGCUGUGUAUGCCCUUUCUACCCAUCUACACUGCCCAACCAUCUACGUUCUGAAUCGCGACGACCAGGAAGUGGCAGAUCUCAUCCGAGAUUCACUAAAGCUGGCCUCCAUACCGACCAUCGUCCACGUGAAGACAGUUGAGCAGGCGAAGGAGCUCUCCAGUCCAUAUUAUGUGGUUGGAACGAUACCAGACUUUGAGCCGAAGACCGAGACGGAGGUGAGGGUGGCUGCUAUACUUGAAACUUUCCUGUCGCGACCCGAAAAGGGCGUCUUGUUGGAUAUGUGCUUCAAGCCAAGACGGACGAGAAUGAUCAAAUUGGGCGAGGAUCUGGGGUGGCCCUAUGUAGAAGGAACUCAUAUUAUCGGCUAUCAAAUCGAGGAGCAGUGGCGCUUGUGGGCCGGAGAGGAAUGCGUCCGGAACUUGGAUCGCCAGGGAGCGUGGGAAGCUUUGAUGAAGGCGGCAGAAGAAAGUAAAGCGAUCAAUUUUUAA